UUCAUACUAUUCCAUUCCGUUCUUUAGCUUUGAUUUCAAUAAUUAAAAGGAAAGAAAAUUCUCAUUUCCAAACUAGAACCAUAUUGAAAUCCUGGGAUGGGUCUACACUGUGCUUCCGCACAAGAGGUAAUUUGCAUUGCAUUGCACAUCUUCUUCAUUGCCAUCUUAGAAGAUCACGUCGAGUCAUCAUCAUAUGAAGCUUGCGAACCCCGCAACUGUGGCAUUGAUGAUUUCAACCUAAGCUAUCCCUUUUAUAUUCCUGAAGAAGAAAGCAAUUUAUGCGGUUACCCUGGAUUUGAGAUCACUUGUCGAGAAAAAAGGGCUACGUAUGGGAGCUACGCAGUUAAAAGUAUCUCCUACAACGAGAGUUCCAUCGAAUUAGUAAGCCCAAGGGAUACUUCCUGCUUUGCUCCUCGCCCCUCCCCCUUGCUUCCCGGUAACGUUUUCCUAGAGGACAGUUUUUCCCGUCAUCCUAUACUUUCAUUCUUCUAUAACUGCACCGACCCUUCUUUUCCCUUCAAUACAUCCUCUGUAAAUUGUACUUCUAACGCAACAUACAACGCCUCUGUUGCGUUGAUUCCAAACUCGACCUUCCAUCGACAAGGUGGAUCCUGCCGGUCAUUUGCAGAGGUACCAGUACAACUGGAGGAAAAUAUCUCGAAUCAAACUAUCAAAGAUGUCGACUAUAAGGAGUUGUUGCACAAAGGGUUCCAGUUAAAGUGGGACUUAUCAACCAGUUGUACUGGUUGUGAAAAAAGUGGAGGCCGAUGCGGACGAUCACAAGACACAAACUUUCGGUGCUAUUGCCCACAUGGAACAAUUCAUCCCUCGAUCUGCAACAGUGGCGGUAUGAGCUUGCGGAAAAAAGGUGCUCUUGGUGCAUCAAUUAGUGCAUUUGGUGUCGCUACUAUAGUCCUAGCCUAUCUUUGUCAACGCAAAAUUUCCAAGCAGAAAUCCAUGAUCAUAGGGAGCAGAAAGAUGAAUUUUCAGGUCAAUUUCGUAAAUCGUGGAAUUCUCGUAACAACAAGGUAUUCUUACACCGACAUUAAGACAAUCACCAACUCAUUCAAAGAAAAACUAGGCGAGGGAGGUUAUGGGUGUGUGUACAAAGGGAAGCUCCCAGAUGGACAUCUUGUGGCUGUGAAAAUCCUAAGCAAGCUAAAAGGAGAUGGUGAAGACUUCAUCAAUGAGGUAAAUAGCAUGAGCAGAACUUCUCAUGUCAACAUUGUUAAACUACUAGGUUUCUGCUUUCACAAAACCAAAAGGGCCCUUGUCUAUGAAUACAUGCACAAUGGAUCUCUGGAAAAACUCAUAUACGAAGAGAACUACUUCAAGCUAGGUUGCAGCCACCUCGGAUGGGACACCUUGCACCAAAUCUCUCUAGGCAUAGCUCAAGGGCUUGAAUACUUGCACAAAGGCUGCAACUCAAGAAUAUUACACUUCGACAUAAAGCCGCACAACAUUCUUCUUGAUGAAAACUAUUGCCCCAAGAUUUCUGACUUUGGCCUUGCGAAGAUAUGCCAUCAAGAGAAGAGCACAAUCUCACUACUUGGCGCACGAGGGACUGCGGGGUUUAUUGCGCCAGAAGUAUUUUGCAGGAACAUUGGAGGAAUAUCCCAAAAAUCUGAUGUGUAUAGCUUUGGGAUGACAAUGCUCGAAAUGGUUGGUGGAAGGAAAAAUAUAAAGACAGGAGCAGAGAGAACAAGUGAAAUAUACUUCCCGCAUUGGAUUCACAAGCGUCUUGAACUUCAAGAAGAGUUAGGACUGCAGAAUGUCACAAGUGAAGGAGACAAAGAGAAAGCUGAGAAGAUGGUAAUAGUGGGCGUGUGGUGCAUACAGACUAAUCCUUCAAUUAGGCCAACAAUGAGUGAGGUGGUGGAUAUGCUAAGAGGCGGUGUUGACUGUUUGCGAGUUCCUCCCAAGCCCUAUUUGUCUUCUCCAUCAAGAUCAUCACCAACCACUUCAAUGUCCAUGGCCGUGUGAAAUUUAAGACCGUGCUAUAAGCACAUCUAGCCUUUCAACGCAAGGAACAACUUGUGUACCAAGAUACGUGAGAAUACUUCCGAAAAUUUUCUUGUAUUUGUUGAAUGUGUGAUGCCAAUGCUAAAGCCGAUAGAAGUUAUAUAAAGCCACGUCAUUACUUGUAGAGAGCAU